AUGUCAAGAAGCAAUCAUACCACAGUGACAGAAUUUGUCCUCAUGGGAUUCACGGACCGUCCUGAGCUUCAACUGCCCCUCUUUGUGGUGUUCCUGGUAAUUUAUCUCAUAACCCUGGUGGGGAACCUUGGCAUGAUCCUGCUCAUCAAGGCAGAUUCACGGCUCCACACCCCCAUGUAUUAUUUCCUUAGUCACCUGGCAUUCAUUGAUCUUUGUUUCUCAUCUUCCAUUGGGCCAAAGAUGCUGCAAAAUUUACUGGUGAAGAAAAAAACCAUCUCUUUUACAGGCUGUUUUGCUCAGCUGUAUUUCUCCAGUGCUUUUGCUACUACUGAGUGCUUCCUCUUGGCCACAAUGGCCUAUGACCGCUACAUGGCUAUCUGCAACCCUCUGAUUUACACAGCCAUCAUGACACAGCGGGUUUGCAAGGAACUGGUGAUUGGGGUCUACACUUAUGGCUUCCUAAAUUCUGUUAUACAAACAGUUCUGACUUUCCAGUUGUCCUUCUGUGACUCCAAUGUCAUCCACCACUUCUACUGUGCUGACCCCCCUCUCCUUGCCCUCUCCUGCUCUGACACCCACAACAAAGAGAAGCAGCUGUUGAUUUUCUCUGCAGUGAACCUCACUGGAUCCCUCCUGACAGUCCUCAUCUCCUAUAUCUGCAUCCUCCUCUCUAUUAUAAAAAUCCAGUCUUCUGAGGGCAAGUGCAAAGCAUUUUCUACAUGUGCCUCCCACCUCACAGUUGUCAUCAUCUUCUAUGGAACACUGUUUUUCAUGUACCUGCGGCAACCCAAAGCAGAGAAUUCAUGGAAGUACAACAAAGUGGUCUCUGUAUUUUAUAGUCUUGUAAUUCCCAUGCUUAACCCUCUGAUCUAUAGCCUAAGGAACACAGAGGUAAAGGAUACUCUGAAAAAAAUGCUGGAGGGCAAACAGUCUUAG